AUAAACGUACCUUCCUUUGAAAGAUACCUCACACUUGCUUUACCUUUUUAUGCUUCGAAAUUGGUUUUCCGACGUCAAUUUCACGAACUUCGACACCUUGCCUUUCGAAACUUAAAAAACCGAUUAUCCUUUGGUUUCACUGAGAAAGUGAUUCUGCAACAACUGGUGUUGCAAUGGCUGAAGAAAAAGACGUUUUUUACGUUGUAAGGAAAGGGGAUGUUGUUGGCAUCUACAAAUCUUUCAGUGACAUCCAACCUUUAUUUGCAUCUUCGGUAUCCGGUGAGCCUCUUAGUAUUUACAAAGGAUAUUCUUUACCUCAGAAGACUGAGGAAUACCUUGUCUCACAUGGACUUAAGGGUGCCCCUUAUUCUAUUGGUGCUGCUGAUGUGCAUGAGGGGCUUUUUGGAAGACUUGUUGCUUGUCCUUAUCUGGAUCCAUAUUCUUCUGGAGGAAGAACUUUCGAUGCGAGUUCCUCAUCAAGGAACUUGCAAGGAGCCAUUCAGUUUGACUCUAGCAAGCAGGCUGGAUCAUCUUUACUUCCAACAAAUUCACAAAGGCAUCAUGCACUAGGUGGAUCUCAAGCAGAGUUGUCUACUUGUCUUUCAUGUACCCUUCAUUUUGAUGGUGCUUCCAAAGGAAAUCCUGGACCGGCUGGUGCAGGAGCUAUACUGCGUGAUGGGAGCAAGGUCUAUCGGUUGCGUGAAGGAGUGGGCAUUCAAACUAAUAAUGUUGCUGAAUAUCGAGGUUUAAUAUUAGGAUUGAAACAAGCCCUUGAGAAAGGAUAUAAGCAAAUUCAUGUCCAGGGAGACUCCCUGCUUGUCUGCAGUCAGAUUCAGGGUUUAUGGAAAGUCAAAAACCAGAAUAUGGCUACCUUGUGUAGUGAAGCCAAGGAGCUGAAGGACAAGUUUAUGUCAUUCAAGAUCAAUCAUGUUCUUAGGGAAUUUAACUCUGAAGCUGAUGUUCAAGCAAAUCUGGCCAUACAUCUCAGAGCUUUUGCAGCUGGUGAAGUUCAAGAAGAUUGUCAGUUUCUUUAAUGCUCGACUUCAGCAUGCUUGUGCCUUGUUUCAGCUGGUGAAAAUUUGGUGCAUUCUAGCUGUAGAUGACUUUUUUUGUAUAGGUAGUGGCUAAGGUACUUUUGGAACUUGGGACACUGCAUGCCACGGAUAAAUUAGUGUUGGCAAUGUGCUAAUGCUAUGACAUGUAGAUGCCUACCAUUGAUUAGCUUCAAGACUCGUACUUGCUUAGGAUAGGAUGGUGUUGCCUCAGCUUAUGUAAUACCAUAUCGUAAGUAAUUAUGUAUGGCUAUGAAUCUUUAGUAUUUUCUGCUUCUUUCACUUGUUUUAACAAAUAACAUGAAUAACUCUUGCUGUCUGUAGUACCAACAUGAGUGAUGUUGCUUAGAGU